GAUGCGCCGAGGGACUAUGGGGAGAUAAAUGCCUGAAUCUCUGCUCACCUGGAUGCUUUUCCGGUUGUGAAAAAGACAGAGGGAAAUGUAUUGGGGGUUGCGGUCCUGGAUGGACGGGAGACAACUGUGAUUUAAUGUGUCCAAGUUUUCGGUACGGCGUGAAAUGUCUGGGCAGCUGCGGUCACUGUCAUGACGACAGUCCAUGCAACAUCGUCACCGGGCGGUGCAGUGACGGUUGUCUGGCGGGCUUCUGGGGUGACCGAUGUGAUCAGGUAUGCAAACCCUACACACACGGGGUGAACUGCAAUCAUAGCUGUGGUCACUGCCAACACAACCUCACUUGUAACGCGAUGAUUGGCUCCUGCUCCGAUGGUUGUGCUCCCGGUUGGCUGGGCAGAAAUUGUAACGAGGCAUGCCCAGAAGGCUACUAUGGGAGUGACUGUCGUGAGCCAUGCGCUCAUUGCGCCGGAAACAGUACCUGUCAUCACGUGACCGGAACAUGCACGGAAGAUUGUGCUCCAGGCUGGUCUGGUGAUUUAUGUGAUCAAGUGUGUGAAGUGGGCAGAUAUGGCAGCGGCUGUCGAGUAACGUGUGGACAGUGCUUGAAGGGACACUGUGACCACGUGACGGGCGAGUGUCAUGGCGGAUGUUCUCAAGGCUAUCAAGGACCACAGUGUAAGGAAGAAUGCCCCAGUGGAUGGUACGGAGUGAACUGUUCCAGCGAGUGCGGUCACUGUCAAACGGCUUCAGGUUGCGAUCCUGUGAAUGGGAUUUGUCUGGAUCGAUGUGCCCCGGGCUGGCAGGGCAUAUUCUGUGUACACAACUGUUCACUAGGAAACUAUGGCGAUGACUGCAAAUUCAAGUGUGGCCACUGUCAGGGCGAAGAAUCCUGUGAUAUCAUCUCUGGGGCAUGUCCCAGUGGCUGCGAGACUGGGUGGGAGGGAGACAAAUGUGACACAGGCAUGUUCAAGGCAGGGCCGAAUUUUCACACAUCUCCAACAUUCCCGAUUCUAGUAAUUUGUCUCGUCGCUGCCUUCAUCUUUGUUUUGACCCUUCUCACAUACUUCAUGGUGAUACGUCGACGAAAAACUGCACUGAAACGACUAUACAAUGCCUCGAGUUCGGAUCACCUCCCCAACACUUACGAACAAAUUGUCGGAAGUCCAUGGGAGAUUCAGCGAGGUCAACUUUCUAUUUCCAAUGAAUUGCUUGGUAACGGACAAUUUGGUCAAGUCAAGAAAGGUUACGUCAAAAACAACGGGGUCAAGAUUCCAGUGGCUAUAAAAUCUCUAAAAGAUGAUGCUUCAGACAAGGACAAGACGGAUUUUCUCAACGAACUGUCGAUUCUAAAACAGGUCGGGACACACGAGAAUGUGGUCUGUCUUGUCGGAGCCUGUCACAUUCGAGGUGUUAUGUACGUUGCCAUGGAAUACGCUAAGCAUGGCGAUUUAAGGACUUUCCUGCGCCAGUGUCGACGCCUGACGUCUUUGCAAGGUUACGAUACCACACCCUCGCUUACAUUACAUGGUUCGCUCAGACCGCAAGUCCUCAUUAAGUUAUCGCUGGAUACAGCCAGGGGGCUUCAACAUCUGGCAGAUAAACAGAUUAUCCAUCGUGAUGUUGCUGCCAGGAAUGUUUUGCUCGGUGAUAAGCUUGUGGCCAAAAUUGCUGAUUUUGGUUUGUCAAAGAAUGACCAGACGUAUGUAAAAACAUCUAGUACGAGAGUUCCAAUCAAAUGGAUGGCAGUGGAGUCACUUUUCACCAGUACCUACACUUUACAGAGCGAUAUAUGGUCAUUUGGAAUUUUGCUAUGGGAAAUCUUCACUCUGGGGGGAACUCCCUACUCUAGCAUAGACAGUCAGCAGCUGUUCAAGUACCUGAAAGAUGGCUACAGGUUGAGGAAGCCAAAACUGUGUAGUCAGGACAU